GUUGGCGGAGUUACGGCAGUAGGUGAGGCUAGAGGUGGAGCGGUUCUCUCCUUCGUGGAUAUUUGGGAAAAAUUCUGAUAAAGUAACUCGAAAAUUAGUUUAGUAGUGAGGAGUGAGAGUUGGAGGAGACCGAAGAGCGACUUUUAACAGCUAAGCGUUCAUUCAGACGAUAUUCAGAUGACGAUUUUGAUAGUUGCGCAUUUACAUAACACGCUUUCCUGGUGUUCGCGGAGCAGCCGACCCUUCGCGGUGUCAUCUGGUCUUUAGCGACUCCAGCUGCUUCAAAUUUCAGGCCAGUUCAUUAUUCUGUCGCUUACUUACGAUGUGUGUUGAUUACAUGUCCGCUCAGGAGUUUUAGUACAUGUGUGUUACAUGUUUUUAUCAUCAUUCAGAAAAACAAGUUAUACAACAAACCAGGCUGCCGCUCCUGAGCAAGCUAGGUCCUAAAGCCCGCACUGUUUGUUGUCACAGUUCUGCGGCGCGCGCGCGCGCGCUGUCUCGUGCCCAAAUGGUUCAGCGCUCGGCUGUUUACAAAUUUUUCGACAUUAUGGAAAAAGUUCUGUUAGAGCAAGGCUAAUUGUAAAGCUCAUUUGUAAAAUCGAAGGAUUAUUCGCGCCCGUCUUUUCCUCUACCCCCGUUCCGUAGCGCUUGGUAUCUUUUGAACCAUUAAACGGUGAAAGUAAACAGUUUAAGAGUCGGGAUUCGUCUGUUGACCAUCUAAGGCCAGAAUAAGCAUUCGUAAGAAUAAAGGACUCUCCCAGUUGAGUAAUGGUCAUUAAUACGGUCCACUGGUUCCGGAAGGGCUUGCGGCUCCACGACAACCCGUCACUCAGGGAAUCCCUGCUGGGAGCGGACACCGUCCGCUGCGUCUACAUCCUCGACCCCUGGUUUGCUGGAUCUUCCAACGUUGGCAUCAACAGGUGGAGGUUCCUGCUGCAGAGCCUCGAGGAUUUGGACGCCAGCCUCCGUAAGCUCAACUCCCGUCUGUUUGUGAUCCGAGGCCAACCCACCGAUGUCUUUCCCAGACUUUUCAAGGAAUGGAAAAUCACUCGUCUGUCCUACGAGUACGACUCCGAACCCUUUGGGAAAGAGCGAGAUGCUGCCAUUAGGAAGCUGGCCUCUGAGGCUGGGGUGGAGGUGAUGGUCCGCAUCUCCCACACGCUCUAUGACCUGGACAGGAUCAUAGAGCUGAACGGGGGCCAGUCCCCCCUCACCUAUAAGCGGUUCCAGACUCUCAUCAGUCGUAUGGAUGCGGUGGAGCUUCCUGCCGAGUCCAUCACCGCUGAGGUGAUGGGGAAAUGUGCCACGCCGCUGUCUGAAGACCACGAUGACAAGUUUGGCGUUCCCUCGCUGGAAGAGCUGGGUUUCGACACCGAAGGUCUGUCGUCAGCGGUGUGGCCAGGAGGAGAAACCGAAGCUCUCACACGACUCGAGAGGCAUUUGGAGCGGAAGGCAUGGGUGGCCAACUUCGAGCGUCCCAGGAUGAACGCCAACUCGCUGCUCGCCAGUCCGACAGGCCUCAGCCCGUACCUGCGCUUCGGCUGCCUCUCCUGUCGCCUCUUCUACUUCAAACUCACCGACCUCUACAGGAAGGUGAAGAAGAACAGCUCUCCUCCUCUCUCGCUCUACGGUCAGCUGCUGUGGCGGGAGUUCUUCUACACGGCGGCCACCAACAACCCCUGCUUCGACAAGAUGGAGAGCAACCCCAUCUGUGUUCAGAUCCCCUGGGACCGCAACCCCGAGGCGCUGGCAAAGUGGGCCGAGGGCCGGACCGGAUUCCCCUGGAUUGACGCCAUCAUGACCCAGCUGAGGCAGGAAGGCUGGAUCCACCACCUGGCCAGGCACGCCGUGGCCUGUUUCCUGACCAGAGGAGACCUGUGGAUCAGCUGGGAGGAGGGCAUGAAGGUGUUUGAGGAGCUGCUGCUGGAUGCAGACUGGAGCGUUAACGCAGGCAGCUGGAUGUGGCUCUCCUGCAGCUCCUUUUUCCAGCAGUUCUUCCACUGCUACUGCCCAGUGGGCUUCGGCCGACGCACCGACCCAAACGGAGACUACAUACGGCGCUACCUGCCCAUUCUGAGGGGCUUUCCAGCCAAGUACAUUUACGAUCCUUGGAACGCUCCAGAGGCCGUGCAGAAGGCUGCCAAAUGCAUGAUCGGCAUUCAUUAUCCCAAACCGAUGGUGAACCAUGCGAAGGGCAGCCGCAUCAACAUCGAGCGAAUGAAGCAGAUCUACCAGCAGCUCUCCUGCUACAGAGGCCUCGGCCUUUUGGCUGCAGUUCCGUCCAACUCUAACGGGAAUGGGAACAAUGAGACGUUCUCGGAUGCUGUGGGAUUCCAGGCUGAGGCGUCCCAUAAAGCUUCAUCUCCGACCGCAGCCUAUCAGAUCCCCGUUCAGCAGCAGGGAGACUGGCAGAGUGGAGUCAUGAUGUACCUUCAGGGGGAUCCACAGACCGGCUCUGGCUCACAUCAGCAGGUUCCCAGUUAUGCUGCAGGUACCAGUGUGAUGCGUUACAGUCAACCCCCCCAGCAGACUGCAGCUCCUGUGCUUCAGAAAGGACCUGAUCAUCAUUCCACCGCUCAGACCAGUGGGAAGAGACACAACGAGGACUCUGGGAACAGCAGAGGCUCCAAAGUCCAGCGACAGAGCAACCACUAAAGAGUGUUGUCACCACCACACGUAUCACACUUACUGCUGCAGCACCGACCCUGUUGCAUGUUGAUCGCACCUUCAGGAGGGCCCCCCCACCCCCCUUACAAACAUAUGUCUCUAAAGUAAAUCAGACUAUUACUAAGAGGACUUCAUACCCCAGAAUGCAUCAGCCUAUCAUUGGGUUCCUGAGACAGAAAUUUUUUGUGUAAAUAAAGAAUUUGCUAGAAGCAGUUCACACACGACUGUACAUAUUUGGAUUUUGUGUAUGUUUUCUCUCUCUGUGUAGACAUAGACCCAGUUAUAUAUUUUUGAUAUGAGAAAAUCAUUAUGAUGAAUUUUUUUUGUUUAAAAUUUUUCAAGAAAAACAAAAAACAAAUCCAGACCGUCCAUACAAACAAAAAAACGGAGAGAGCUUCUUGUCUUUGAUAGUACAACCGCUUGCCCCAAUUUGUUCUUUUGAGUCAUCAUGUGUAAACAAGUGUGUUGAUUGUUCUCUAUCUCGGUACUUGUGAACUUGUCUCUCUUCCUUCUACCAGGUUAUAUAGCGCCAUGCUGUUGCCCUCAUCAGUUGGUUAAAAAGAGUUAAGUGAUUGGAGUCGGGAGCUUUCAUGUUAUGGUGUAAAUCCCUGAUAAAUACAUCAAUAAAUGUACAAACAGG